AUACAUGGCAGAGGAGUAUAACUCAACCUCCGGAAAUUCACCUACGGGCGAUCGAGACAAGCCGACUCAUUUUAGCCUAUCUCCCCGAACUGCUACUUUACCUAGUUACGUUACCACCGAGUCUCGUCACCAUCCUAGCAUUCUGGAAGAAAAUGGAAGAAUCGAAGGGAACCAGCAGCUCGGUUCGUUCACAUUCGUUCCAAUCCAUCGAUUCGUUUCCGAGAGCUACUCCCUUCCAGACGCAUACGUGUCCCCCAGGAAUAUCACCGCAGGCUCGGUUCAAAAAAAGACUGCUGUGGCAACUAUUGGGCAGCGUUUGGCCAGUAGCUCGGCCGCCUCCUUCGACCGAGCUCCCUUUUCGUCCAAGCUGUCUGAGCAGCAUUGCCCUAUAGCUUCCGACCUCGACCCAACCUCCCACGUCCCGCUCGAGCCCGAAGGCAAGCUGACUUGGGCCCCUCUGCCGACCCUUCCUUCGACCAAUAUAUCCCCUCCGCACUUACAUAGGCGCCGCUCCAACGCCGCACGGGAAUGCCUUCAAGUCAGGCCUCCGGCCUCUCUGCUUGCUCUCCAGUUACAACCCGCAGACGCACUUACACCAAUAACCAUAGCUUUCUCCCCCUCCCUUCAUGCCUUCUUUCCGCCCCUCCCGCCCCCUUCCGGCCCCCCCUUUCUCCUACCGCCCAAAUCGGACAUACGUAAUGUCAGGCGGGUAGGUAGGUAGGUAGGUAGGCAAGGUAGGUGGGCUAGAUGAAGCCCGACCGGCAUCUCGGAGUGAGACAUUUUCAGCAGGA